CUUCCGCUGUAUGUUGACGACGACCAGGUGGGCCUCUUCUGCCCGAUAGAUGACACCCUCUGCCACUUCUUGGCCAGCUGAGCGAGUGUCUUGGCACCCAUCAUGGCUCUGGAAACGGGAGAAAUACUUCUGCGAGAUGGAGCUUGGAAUGCCUUUAUCUGUGGAUGAAAUGGUGGUGUUUGGAGGGCAGUAGGCCAUGGAUUUAUAGGUCAAGGGUAAAGCAAGCGCCCACAAGGUGGAGGUGGAGCGUGUGAUGGUUGGGAAGGAGACAGUGUUGUGGGCAUGGUACAUGUGGUGCUGCCGUUUGGAGGCACCAUGAUGUGAUCUAGAUCAGGUUCUGCUGGGGACAAGUGUCUGGCACUUGCCGGAGCUGGGGCUGGAUGCCUGGCCUGUACAACCAUGGUGAUCGGUUUGCUGGGGAAUUGGCACGAGGACCCGAUGGGGCUCUCUCGCCGAAAAACAUUUCAGAUAUGGAUGGUGCUUGAAAAUCUCAUCAAAAUCAUUCAUCACAUGUCUGCAGCUAGUUGCAACAACACUGCAUGAAGAGCACUCAAGGCCUUGUCCCCUGCCCAACUCUUUUGCCGACAGCUACACACAACCCACACAUAUGCACUGCCCUGAGACCUCUCUUCCUUCUACUAUAAUUCCAUGGCCUGCUCAACACAAACUUCUUCAUCUCAUCUACUCCUACAGAGCAACAUCACAAUCUACACCACACCUUUAGACUUUCAGAGCCAAACUGAAAUUUAGCCAGCCAAGAACACAUCAGACUCAACCAUGAUCCAUCCAAAGAAGCUUGCUCAGCUGGCCAAGAAGUUCAAGCGGAUAGCUGCCGGAGCCGGUGCCCGCCGCUGGCAGCAUGCCUCAAACACCGCCGACGACGAAUGCUGCAGCACAACGUCGUCUAUGGUUGCUGAUGAGGGCCACUGCGUAGUGUACGCCGCCGACGGAGAACGGUUCGAGGUCCCUUUGGCGUACCUUGGGACGACGGUCUUCGCUGAGCUCCUGAGGAUGUCCGAGGAGGAGUUUGGCUUCGCCAGCGGCAGCGAUGGAGGCAGGAUCAUGAUGCCCUGCGAUGCCACGGUGAUGGAGUACGUCUUGUGCCUUGUCAGGAGAGAGGCCUCUGAGGAGGUUGAGAGGGCCUUCUUGAGCUCUAUUGCUGAGCAUUGCCACAACUACAGUGCUAGUUGUGUGGCGCCAUCGAUGGGACUCAACCAUCAGUUUGCUCUUUGUACUUAGCUACUAGCUUGUCUGGUGAUUAUUUUUGUUAGAACCUGAAGAUCCCUGUACAGUCUGAUUUCGCCGUAUAGAGUACUGAAGAAAGUUUGUCGGUAUGAUAUGUGGGGUAAGGAAACAGGAGAGGAUGUGCCUGACCAGAAGGUGGCAGAACGCGGUGAUGGCGCAGCGAAGGGAAUGCGGAUGGAGGAUUAGAU